CCAGAUCUUAGCUUUGAGACUUCUAUGCUCUAUGAUCAACAUGCGAGGCUCAUAAGAGGAGGCUUCGGGACAUUUCCGGUUGCGAUAGCCGGCGCCCAAAAUGCAACAAUCACUGAUGUUGAUGGCAGGACGUACAUUGACUUCGUUGCCAUGUACGCGGCUGCUAACAUGGGCCAUGCCCACCCUAGACUUGUCAAGGCUAUUACGAACCAAGUCGCAAAGGCCCCUUUGGUGGGGACGACUUGGUUGAACCCCGUUUACCUACAGCUUGCUCAGAAACUCACGACGAAAUUUGGUUAUGAGACAGUAACCACUCUUCUCUCAGGGGGCGAGGCCGCUGAAGCAGCUGUGAAAAUGGCCCGAAGAUGGGGUUACCAGAAAAAAGGCAUUCCUCCUGGUGAAGCGUGGGUUGUGACUGCGACAGGCUGCUAUCAUGGUGUUACACUAGCGACGAUGGCCCUCAAUAAUAUCAUUGCGCGAGAUUACGGUACCCAUGUUCCCAACGUCGGACCGUACAUUCCCUCCACAGGGAAAUUAAUUAGGUACGGCUCUUUGGAAGAUAUCGAGGAAGCUGUUGAGUGUGAUGGGCAUAAAAUUGCGGCUUUCAUGGUUGAACCCGUGCAAGGGUCGGCUGGUGCUUGCUCUCCUCCUGAUGGAUAUCUUCGAGGCGUGGCUGACCUAUGCAAGAAACACAAUAUUUUGUUCAUCUGUGAUGAGAUUCAAUCUGGCUUCGGUCGUACCGGAUAUGACCUUGCCCACUACCACGAGCCCGGUGUUACCCCCGACUUGGUAAUCUUAGCUAAGGCUCUGACCGGGGGGCACUAUCCUAUGUCGAUAAUUUUGGGUAAUCAUGAGGUCACAGAUCUUGUACAUUGUUUUGAGAUAGGAGCGACGCAAGCGGCGGCACCUCCAGGGUGCGCUGCUGCGCUUGUCGCUCUUGACAUACUCGAAGAGGAAAACUUGGCACUUCGCUCCAGAGAGUUGGGCAACUUGUUAUAUUCUGAGUUGGAGCGUCUUAACCCACCUCAUAUAAAGACCUUGAACGGCAAAAAUCGUGGGCUCUUCAUCGCAGCCAUUGUUGACGAGACUCAUCCAGGCGUAACUGCUAGAAAAAUCGGCGCACUCUGCGCAAGGCGUGGGCUGCUUGUCGGCGCUGCUGCAGGGAAAGUCAGGUUUUCACCACCGCUCACGAUUUCAAAGACAGACAUUCUGAAAGGCGCAAAGAUCAUCGACCAGGCCUUCCGUGAUGUGGCCAAUGUUGGAGACUUUGUUGGAAGUGAGGUCUUAAUCUAG